AUGAGAGAGAUAAUAGAAGCAUUAUAUAUUGAAAAGUCUGAAAUUCCAGAUAUAUCUUGGGAUUUCGUUGUAAAUUUUGUAACUGCCUUUUCCCCAUUGGCUAUUUGUACUAAACAUAUGCAAACAGAGCAGUACGUAAUUGGUGAUUUUUAUAGAGAUUGGUUAUGUUGCGAGAUAGAGUUAGAGGAAUUAGUAACAAAAACACCAUACGCUUCUCGUUUACAUGAGUCAAUGCAAAAAAAGAAACAAAUAUUUAUGGAUAGUGAUGCAUUCCAAGCCGCGCUUUAUCUUGAUCCCCGUUUUAAUUAUGAAAAUUCAACAAUGCUGUCUGAAAAUCAAAAAUCAACAGCUGCGUAUCUCACAGCAACUUUUGAAAGGUUAACAAAAUUGGAGGACUUACAGAAAGUAGGGAAUGAACCAGAUUCUCCAAAUAUCUCAUGUGAUAUGAUGUUUGAGUUUCCUACUACUUCUGCAGCACCUUAUUCAAAAUUGCAGCAGCGAAUGACGGCAAAUAUAACAGCUAACACCGAAACAAAUCGCACCUUUAAACAAAAGCUCAUAGCACUUGCCAGCCAAAAAGGUGUUCCUCUUCAUACUGACAUUUUAAGCUAUUGGAAAACGUCAAACAAUUAUAAGGAGAUUAAAAAAGUUGCAGCAGUAGCAUUAGCUGUUCCAGCUACACAAGUAUCGGUGGAAAGAGCUUUUAGCGCACUUUCUCUAGUUUUAACUAAACUAAGAUCUAGAUUAAGUAAUAGUACAAUAAACAACUUACUAAUAACUAAA